CUUGUCUGUUCACUGCCAUCUGCAUUUUGGUGUGUGAGUUUGAGCCGCAGUGAGUCCCGCACGGGUUUUGCUGGCAGACGGAGGGAAGUGCUUCCUGAUAAUAAAGAGGUGCGUCUUAUUUCCAUUCCAGUGAUUGACUGCGCACGGCUUUCACCGCCGGAGCUGCGGGCAUUGACGCAUUGUGGAGUCGACAGGGGGUAGCACUGCAACCCCGGCUUCUCUAUACGACGGAGGCAUCUAUCGGCGAGACCGCGAUGGCCGUGGUGCAGCUUGACACGGAGGACCAUCAACCCGAGAACGGCUUCGUGUCCCCCGAAACCACGUCGCCGGGGCUGCUGACACGCAUCGACGGUUCUGUCCUGCCGUUUCUCGGCGGAUUUGGGAAAUACCAGAAACAGAUGAUUGUGCUGACAUGGAUUCCGGCGUUAUUCAUUGGAUUCAGCCAGUACUCUGAUAAUUUCCUCCUCGCACAGCCAAACAACACAUGCAUCCAGCCUUUGGCAAACCUGACUAAUGUGACUUCAAGUCAUUCCUCGUUGUUAGACAGCCCAAAAAACAUCAGCGCGCGGCCGGCUCCUAUCUAUGCCAAUGGAAGUUACGGCAACCACAAUGAAACGACCAACACGCAGUGUAGGUGCAGCGAGUGGACAUUUGAGCUUCACACGGGACUUGUGCAGAAUGUGGUUACCAAGUGGAGUCUGGUGUGUGACUCAGCAUGGAAAGUCCACAUUGCAAAGUUCUCUCUAUUGGUGGGCUCCAUCUUUGGAUACCUGGUGUUUGGAAUCCUUGCAGACUGGUUUGGCCGCCACCCGGUACUGAUCAUAUCGGUACUGUUCAUGCUGGUGUUCGGUUUGACUGUGGCCUUCUCUGUCAACGUCCCCAUGUUCAGCACCCUGCGCUUCUUUGAAGGCUUUUGCCUGGCAGGAAUCACCCUGUCUCUUUACGUCCUCAGGAUUGAGCUGUGCCUGCCAGGGUGGCGUUUUUCCAUGACCAUGGUGGCUAGUUUUGUGAUGCUGGGAGGCCAGCUGCUGAUGCCAGGUGUGGCAUACCUGUGCCGUGACUGGCAGGUACUCCAGGCUGUCAUCAUCUGCCCCCUACUGCUUAUGCUGUCAUACAUCUGGAUCUUCCCAGAGUCACUGCGUUGGCUACUGGCCACUCAGCAGUACGGCCGUUCCAAGUGGAUCAUGGGAUACAUAGCACAGAAAAACCGAGUGAACAUGGAGCUCGACACAGACAACAUCCUCACAGAACUGCAGGGAGCUCUUCAAAAGAAACCCAAAAAGACAUGCAUUGUGAAAAUGGUCGGGACGAGGAACCUGUGGAAAAAUAUUGUUGUGCUGUGCGUCAACUCGCUAACAGGUUAUGGGAUCCACCACUGUUUCGCCCGCAGCAUGAUGGACCCCGAGGCCCAGGAAACAACCAUGUUCCAUAACUUCUAUGCAGACUAUUACACCAUGGCAGGCAUCGCUGUAGCAUCCUGCCUGGCACUGUGCCCAGCGGUGGGCCUGAUGGGACGGCGGGGUGGCCUUCUCAUGUUCAUGAUUAUCACUGCCCUGGCAUCACUGUUGCAGCUGGGCCUGCUCAACUUGCUGGGGAAAUACAGUGGUCAUCUGAAUAUAGAAAACUCAGGUACACUAAAUAAGAAGUUCUCCAUCGCAUUUUCCAUCAUCGGCAUGUUCUCCUCCCACGCAGUCAGCAACCUGAGCAUCUUUUUCUGUGCUGAGAUCACACCCACUGUCAUCAGGGGUGGUGGUCUUGGAUUGGUCCUGGCCAGUGCUGGCUUCGGCAUGCUGACUGCACCCAUCAUGGAGCUCCACAAUCAGAAGGGCUAUUUCCUUCACCACAUUAUUUUUGCUUGCUGCACUCUCAUCUGCAUCAUCUGCAUUCUCCUGCUGCCCGAGACACGCUUCCAGCCCCUCCCUGAGACCCUGGCUGAUGGCGAGAGCUACACUCGUCAACCCCUUCUUCCCCCGAGAAAACCUGGAGAACAGCGCCUCUUGCUGGCUCAAUCUGAGAGCAGCAGGGACUACACCAGGGUGCAUGACACACCACUCCACGAGGCAGCCGCCACUGCAGUGUCCACCAUGGACUCCACCGCCUCCUCGGCUGUUGAUUUGACCGCUCCAUCAGUCGGGGACAUGUCUGCUCCCGUGUUCAUGGAGGUGCACCCUGGCAAGCCUGAGCAGAAAGACCCAAAUGAUCACUCAGUAUCAUCCUUAUCCACAACUCCCAUCACACCUCUGGCUAAAGAGGGCAUCUUGCAUGCCAGUAAAGAGCACCUUUUGUCUUCCACUCCUUUGCACAAAGCCUCACAGAUCACAGAUCCACUUUUAGGCAAUCCUGAAGAAACUCCUACAAUAGUCCUGGAUUCUGUUGAGCCGCUGGUGGAUCCUAUUGUUCCAGAGAUGAAUGACGCUGGUCCGUCUCCUACAAACAAAUCAUCCACUCCUCUCCCAUCUUCACUGGACUCUGUCCCUCAAAAAGUGCCUGCCUCUUUAUUGAUCUGCACCACACCCAUCAUCGAGCCACUGCCUAGCUCCACAUUAGAAUCACCAAACCCGCCGGGCAAUGACAUCGACAGUAUCAUCCCAGAAUUCGAGGCCACUCAUGUCCCUUUGGCAGACUCCCUGUCUCCAUCUUUGCAUGACAGUCUCUCUCCAUCACCUACUCCCUCUCCUGUUCCUAUGACAGACUGCAACAUUUCCAGUGACCCUCCACCCUCCAUUAGUGCAAACUCAGACAUUCCCAUCCAGUUAGAAAUAGCAGACGAAUCUCCAUCUAUUCCUUCCACUAUAGACUCAUCCAUACCAGGUGUAAUAGACUCCCAACAACCACAGUUAGACUCUACCUCUCCCUGUGUUAAUUACAUUUCUCCUCCUUCCCCUACCUCCCCUAGCCCAGCCUCUAUUUCCCCUUCACCCACACCUCCCCCAACCAUUGACUCAGGCCACAUGCCCUCAGCAAACUCCUCCAUUCCUCCUGUCAUAGAUACUGUCAACACCACUGCGUCAUCUCCUUCCAUUCUCCCAGUCACAGACAUUGGGCACACCCCCACUCCAGAGUCUACUGCUCUGACUGUCACAGACAAUGUUCAGCCUGCACAGGAUUCACCUGCUUCCCUUGUUGUAGAUUCCGAACCGACUUCUGUGAGGGAUUCAGGCCCUACAGAAGCAGUUCCCUCCUCUGUAAUGGACUGUACCGUCUCCUCCCCCAUAGACUCUGGUGUCCUUUCCAUCAGGGACAGUGCCAGCACAGAAAAUAACACCAUCAAUGGAGUGUCGUCAUCGUGAUUCAGUGUUGCAGCCAGUAGGAAGCUUUCCGGUUGCAACAGGAAACAACCCAAGCCACAUGAAUAAUCAGAGGGGGGAGGGGGGCACACAAACUGUCUUGCUCAGACUUCAGGCACUUAAUGUAGACUGUCCCCACCUGGAGUUGAGCAGACAUGUCUUACAGAGCUGCUGUAUGUUUCGUAAUGUCCCCCCUUUCCUGCAUUUAGCCAAUAAAUGACACCAAGUGAGAGAGUGCCAGAGGCUGGUUUGUGACAAUGUGACAGUAUCUUCUGCUCUUUUUUUUUGAAUGUCACUGAAAAUCACCAGCCUAUAAACUACUUUGAUGUAAAUGAAUGGGAAAUCACUGUCUGUCAUUUUAAAGAGACUUCAAACUAUACCCACAAUCACUGAGACGUGUCACCAGGAUGGUGAGAAAUGCAACAAUACUAAAAAAAAAAAAAAAAUAAGCAUAGAAAAAAAAUUCAAAUCAGUGGUACUUCUGCUCAAAUGAAAUGUCCGUUUAACAUAUUUGUAUAGAAAUAUCGCCUUAUCUUUAUGGACAAAAAACAUGUGAAUGUUACAUAGUAUUUUUGCCGUUACAGAGGUAAACAAUCAUAAUUGGAGGGAUUUUCUAAAUACAGCGCCAAAAACUACUCUGACCAAAAUUAAAUGUCGAAAUAGUGCCAAAAAUCAGUACAAUUACAGUAUUUGCCUGUUUUGGGAAAUACUGUUCAGUGCAUUCCCCUGCCAUGGACUGUAUGUGCAUAGGUGAAUCAGAUGAAUUUGAUUUCAAACUUCAGAAAUACUGAAGAUAAUUUAAAUUAUUUCUCAAAGUAAUGAAAGGCUGAAAGCUCUAUUAUCAAUUGAUACAUUCAAAUUGAGAGACAAGAUUUCUAAAUUGCUUUCACCAACAUGUGGUUCAUUGUAUGAACAUCAGAGAAAAGAGUGACCCAUAUUUUGUCGGUCUGAAAAAACUGUUUUAUUUUUCCAAAUGUUUCAGUCAAUUAAAUUUCUGGUAUGCAAUUGCUUUUAUUUGUAAAUGUGGUAUUGUAAGUAAAUGCAUAUUUAGUUGUUGAGCUUGAUUCAGUUUUUUUUUUUUUUUUUUAAAUUCAAAGUAUUAUUUUUAAUAAUCUCCCAUGGCAUGCCCUUACUGUACAAAGCUAUACUUCAUUCUUGCAGUAUUUGUGACACCCCAGUGUGGUGACACUUUAUUCUUUGCAGUGGGGACAAAGCAUGAAAAAUAAUUGUGAACAUGUCAGCAAAACAGACGAGCAACCUUAAAAAGACGACGCAAAUUAUUUUUUGAAAUGAACCCGUGGAUGACAAAAUGUUUGAUGUGAUUGCCAGAAGUCACAGCAUUGCUAACCUUCAGUGUGUUUUCCAAAUCAUGAUCUGGCAUUAACAUUAGUUUUUGUAUGUCAUUUUGUUCAUACAGCCACACACACUCAUCUCAGUUUACCUUAAAAAAUGCAAUACUUAACGUUUGUGAUAAUACACUUAAAAUUCUUACUUACAGAACUUGACAUAUUCCCAUUCUUAAACUUUGAGGUGGUACUUUUUCUUCCAAAGCUCAUGUCCAUCUGUGGACAGCAUUAUACUUGACUAUGAUCUGUGUAACUUGACAGUUGUAGUACUUCAAGCAUUGGAGGUUGUAAUAUGUGUCUGAGAAAUAUGUAUAACUGCGGAUAUACCACUGUUUACAAAAAUCCUCAUAAAAAUAAUGCUAAAUAACAAUAAUAAUAAUAAUAAUUACUCUGUACUGUAAAACUUUAGAGCCAACUGAAUGAUGUCUUGUCAUUUCAAAUGUGAUUUAAAAAAAAAAAAAAAAAGUUCUCACAGUAUAUCAUAUUGCAUCAUCCAGGGAGUAUUGGUGAUCUAUUAAUGACUCAUUCUGGAGUUGGAAACACCAGACAUGACAGAUGACUUUCUGUUGUUCUGACAACCUUAUGGUGCAGUUGUGACGAACCUUACACGUACUUUGCUCAUCAAACUUGUCAUUUUCUUUGAAUCCAAGUCAAAUGUGCACUGACGAAGGCUCAGAUAUCCUUAGGCAUCUGAAUGAUUUCGUAAAACCUUGUGGUUGUUUUCCUGUGAAUGACAUCCUCAAAUGCAGCUUGAAUCAAAGUAUGAAAGCUCGAUUUUCGAUUGAUUCAGGGUGGUCUUUUAAUAGAUGAUCAAGUCAGCAAACUUCCAUUUGUUGAAAUAUUCAUAAAAGCAUUUGAUGUGUUGACAUUCCUAUGCCAUGCUGCUACGCCUCAAAGCACAAUGCCCUGUAAUCAUGUGAUGUCAGAUUUGGUGGAGCUUGGCUGUCUUGACAGUGGGAAAAAAAAGAAAAAAUUAAAAAAAAGGGAAAAUAGAGUUGGAAUUUCAAUACAACACAAAAACCACUCUUGGAACAGACCCACAUGUGAUCUACUUUGUGGAGCAGGGUUGACACUGGAUUUAAUAAGGAAUUCAUGGCAUCUGCAGUAGAGUGGCUUGACUGCAGUGGUCAGUAGCUUCACAUUACUCUGAUUCCUCCUUGCCUGUGAGUGUCAGUGUCUCUGUGUCAGUGUAUGUAUUGCUGCAGAAAUUGAAAUUGUGUAUUACCAAGCCCCCGUGCAUCACCAGUGUAAAGACAAUGACUCAGCACAAUACAACCAAUGUCUCCUCUCUGAGAUCUGUUGCUUCCACUUUCACAAUUUCCAUGCAGCUAUUUCACAGUUGUGAUGGGAGCAUAAUAAGUAUUUGGUUCAACAUGUUUUGAAGUAGAAUAAAGGUAGAAAUCAGUAAAAAAGUAAUCCAAAGCAACAUUAGCACCAGCGAAAAUGUAGACUAGCAGACAGAUACUGGUGACAAAGCAAAAAAAAAAGAAAAGAAGAAUAAAAGAUUGAUAAAAACAGAGCACAUCAGGCUGUCAUUACAUUGGUUAUGCCUUUUGUAAAUAGUAAGUGUGAAAAUAUGCAGCGUCAAUGAUAUGAAGGAUCAUAGAUCAUAACAUGGACUAGUGAAUUGUUUUGAACUUAAAAGUCUCAGAGACAUGAAGUCCCCAGUGUACACAUUUCAGGUUUUGCUUCUCUCAACCAUGCGACUCAGAAUCUCUUUAAGGGAGAUUUGAAUGAAUGUAAAAA